UUUUCUUUUUUUCUUUUUUUUCUUUCUUAAACUGAAGGGAAUGUAAAAAAAAAAAAAAAAUCUUGGAGAGGAUUUAGGGGAAGCAGUAAUGCCCCAUUAGCAAUGAGCAGAUGAUUUACACACCACACACACACACACACACACACACACACACACACACACACACACACACAGAGGCAGCCUCUCACAAGUCUUAGUCCAGUGAGCAGGAGGCAAAGCCUCUCCAGUGUCAGUGAAUACCCAGAGUUACCUGGACUUCUACUGCGUGUAAUGGUUAGUAUGUCUGACAACUAGGUUCUGUAAUGUUUUAGAAUCUUUGUCACAGCCUGCACAUGUGACAGGAGCUCAGGAAGCUAUUGAAUGAUAACUAAACCUUGUUUGCUCUCAAGAUGGCCUCUUGAGAGUGUGGCCAGAACAUCCAACAUGGUUUCUUACUUCCUGUGCCCCAGUAUCAAGUAUCAUGGGCCCACCUAGCAGAAUAAAUCUUCCAGGUUAAAUUACGGACUCUUAAGCUCACAGAGUGACACAUCAAUAAAGAAGACAUUAGUCACUCCUUGUACUUUUCAUUGUGGUGGCCACAAUUCCCAAACUCUAAACCCAGGUUCUCUCCAGGAUGCCAGAUAACCACAGCCACAGCCAUGGCUGUUCGGUAUGAACUGCGGUUCUUAGGCUGUGUGUAUUGGAUUACUACACAGAACAUUUAAGUAUUUAUUCUGGUCUGGGGUCAUGGUGGAAAAAAUAUAUUGAGGCACUGAAUGCCAUGCACUGAGGCAUGAGGGCCUCUUGAUGGUAUCACCAUCCCCAGGUCAUUUCUACACAGGCUUUACAGUAGGACCAGAAAAAUCAAACCAGCACUUACUAAACUUGAACAUCCAGGGAAAAAAGUAACAGAAAAUUAUGUCUCCAAGUACCUUCCAAAAGCUUCUUUCCCUUCUAAGCUACCUCCCCAUCCUCAUCCCAGCUCCACCCAUCCCAGCCCCACCCAUCCCAGAUCCACACAUCUGCAGCUUCCCCUUUUAAUCCUUAAACAACUCUCUCAGUGUUAAAAUAAUAACCUAAUUCCCAUUUAGAAUUCCAGGUUUGUUUGUUUGUUUUUUCCAUGAUUUAACCCAGUAGACUAACAAAAAUUUGAACCUAAUAAUUACUUUGACACAUUACUGAAAAUUAUCCAGAUAACAGGUUGUUGAAAGUCAACAGGCAAUGAGACAUAAGACCUUGUCGAGAGCCAAUGAAUUUGCUAGUAAGUGAAUGACUAAAUCGCCAAGCACUAUCAAACAUGGGUCCAGUAGAAGGGCCAGAGACUAUAGAUUUCAGAUAUAUUUUUUGAAGAUGUUAUACUAGGGAUUGAACCCAGGGCUUUCUGCAUACUACAGCUGCUCUUCAAAUGAUAUCAUAACUAGCUUUUGUUUCUGUUUUUGUUUGGAGGGGGUGGGGAGUCAGGAGGGGAUGGAGUCUCACUAUGGGGUAGAAGCCAGACUGGAAUUCAGGAUUUCUCUGCCUUGGCCCCAAGCAUGUUGGGAUUAUAGGCAAGUGUAGCCAUAGCCAUGCUGUCUGAAGUCUUCCCACAGGAAUAUUGCAAGUCAGUCCUGCCUCAGUUUACCUUUUACAUUUAAGAAAUAGAUAACAACUGUAUUCAUAGGAUAAAUUUUUCAUCUUCAGGGAAUUUUCAGAGCAAGGCUGCUUCCCCCUUAAGAAGAUGUUAUUUUUAUCUCUCAGUUUAAAACCUACAGGUGCUCCCAGUGGCUUCUGGCAUAGCAGAGCCUGCAUUCAGAUCUGCAAAUACCAUAUCCAUGAUAUAAGAACAAAUAUGGAUUGAUUUCUUUGCUGGAGAUUAUAAUUCUCUCAGGUACUUCAGUCUAUUCUUCCAAAGCACUCUAGAGGUGGGGACAGGAGUGGAGCUGUUUGUAGCUACUUAUUUCACCAUCAAACACCUUUAGAAAUCAAUGAUAAAGCACAAAACUCUGUGCAAGCCCUUUGUUUUCCAUUCCUGUUUGAUAUUUUUCACACUUGUGCCUCCUUGAGUCACCUAACCACAAUUACACAAUUACACAAUUACAGGCUUCUGACAGAGCUGCGUGGUACUUUCAUUCCUCUGGAGUUAUUGAAUUCCAACAUGAUGAAUGUGCUUCCAGACCACCACCCACUACCCCCACCCCACCCCCACACUGGUGUCCUGUGCAUUUGCUAUUUACUAAAGUUCUCCUUGGCUUGGCAGGGGGACAGUUCCCUACUGACCACCUGGUGGCAGUAAAAGAAGUUUGAGGAUCCUACAACUCACUGGUGGCCUACACAGUCCUUGUCCUUGAGAGUCACUAUCUAGCCCACCUCUCUGCUCCCUAAGGAGCCUGAUGAGUGUCCAUGUAGAGAAAGGUCUGUGAGAAGAGGAGGCACUGUGAGUGCUGUGCGUGACAAGCGUGUGCCCCCCUAAUCAGCCUCAGAAACUUGAACUGGUCCCUGAUUUCUCUAUCCCUGUGUUAUUUGACUAAGUGUCCCAUGUUUCAAUCUGUGCAAUGGUGCAUUUCAUGCAGCAGAUGGUCUUAUAAUGACUGUCUUCUUUGUUUGCUUAGAUUGUUUAAAAGCCUACUCUGACCCCAAGAGUUUCACUUCUACACUGUUGACCUAGUUCUCAAGGCAGAAAUAGAAAUUUUAUCAGACUGUACCCAAGCCCUCCACCAUGUAAUGGGAGCAACUGCCACAGGCUUCAGGACACUUAACACAGUAACUGGUGAAACAGACCUUAUCCCAUCAUAGAAAUGGUCUCCUGGCUCUCUUCAGUCUCCCUGUCUGUUAGAAGCAGCAGAACCCAUGCUCCUUCCCACAUGCAAUGGAAACAUUGCCUAUGAGGGACCAGGAAAACAAGGGAAGGUCAAGGAAAGGAAAAAGGCAGCAUUUGACAUAGGCACAGGUUAGAGUAGAGUCUAGCAGGGUCUGGGGAUUUUGCUCACUGGGGGAGCACUUAUGCAGCACUUGGUACUAUGCACAAUCACUUAUAAUAGAGAUGAGCCCUAGAAUGAGAUAGUUGAUCAUGAUGGUACAUUCUUAUAAUCUUAUCACUCAGAAGACAAAGGCAGGGGGACCACCACAAGCUCAAGGCCAACCUGAGCUAUAUAGGAAGACUUUAACACCUUCAUCUUCUUGUGAACAACCAUUAGCCACAGCAAGUGAAUCUUCAUUGCAACCACAGACACUGUUGCCUUAUUGAAGGAAAACACUUGACUGCUGCAAACCUGAAAGCUUUGCCCUUCCAUAGCCCUUUCCCUGCUGUGGGGCUGAGCCUCCCAUCAUUCCCAGCACAGGAACUGAAAUUGCUUCUGUCUGAGAGUUGCCAUUGGACAAAACUUAUGGAGCCUAAACAGUCAGCCGUCAUCAAUGUUGCUUGAGUGUCUGACAAGUGAUGGCUGGCCUUUGCAGCAGAAGAACUACCCACUUCAGGGGUGCCUAUCAAGGGUUCAGAAUAAAGUGGAAGCACUCCCUCACUGGAGCUGGAGUUCUUGAGACUUCAGAACUUUUGUCUCUCUGCAAAAAGUAGGUCCAAAUGAAAGUUCUUAGCUACAGUCCAGGAAUGGUGGUACAUGCUUGUAAUAACAAGCAUUCAGAAGACUGAGGCAGGAGGAUUGCAAGUUAAAGACUAACCCUGAACUACAAAAUUAAGACCCUGAAUAAACUAUUCCUCAAUAUGUUGGCCCAGAAUGCAUUGUGUAGUCCAGGCUGGCUUCAGAUUCAUUGAAAUACUCCUGUCUCAGCCUCUUGACUGCUGGGUUUUCAGGCAUGAACUGGGUUUUCAUGCCUUGUUGAGAGAGUUUAUAAGAAAGCAAACUCUUCUCUGACCCAUGAACAAUGGGAAUGGUAAAACAUGAUAUCCAGAAGUGAUGGUUCUGGGUGAUGCUGGUUCUUAGUCUCUCAUCAAUAUAGCUGUCCUGGCUAGCACUCAGUACCUGAUACUUUCGCCUCCAUGCUCCACCUCACAAAAGCUUUCACUCUGCUCAUCCCUUCCAGGCAUCAUUUGGCUUGAUUUAACUCUGGGUCACCUUUUCCUGUGACCCCCCAAAACUGCUGAGCUCCAGACCCAUGCACGACUCUGGAGAAGACCAUCCGCAGGGAAUCAUGUGAUGAGGGAAUGCCAGUACAGAAGAUGACCCAGCAUGACUACUAACCUAUGACUCCUAACAGUAUGACAGAAAAUGGCCUUCCAGCCUGGGACAAACAGAAGCCCCGUCCAGACCGAGGCCAGGACUGGAAGCUGGUAGGAAUGUCUGAAGCCUGCCUGCACAGGAAGAGCCACGUGGAGAGGCGUGGUGCACUGAAGAAUGAGCAGACUUCCCCACACCUUAUCCAGGCCACUUGGACAAGCUCUAUAUUCCACCUGGAUCCUGACGAUGUGAACGAUCAGAGCAUCUCAAGUGCCCAGACUUUCCAGACUGAAGAGAAGAAAUGUAAAGGGUAUAUCCCCAGCUAUUUAGACAAAGAUGAGCUCUGUGUAGUGUGUGGGGACAAAGCCACAGGGUACCACUAUCGCUGCAUCACCUGUGAAGGCUGCAAGGGCUUCUUUAGAAGAACCAUUCAGAAAAGUCUCCAUCCAUCUUAUUCCUGUAAAUAUGAAGGAAAGUGCAUCAUAGACAAAGUCACCCGCAACCAGUGCCAGGAAUGUCGCUUUAAGAAAUGCAUCUAUGUUGGCAUGGCAACAGACUUGGUGCUGGAUGACAGCAAGAGGCUAGCCAAGCGGAAGCUUAUAGAGGAGAACCGUGAGAAGAGGCGGCGGGAAGAGCUACAGAAAUCAAUUGGGCACAAGCCAGAACCCACGGAUGAGGAGUGGGAGCUCAUCAAGACAGUCACUGAGGCCCACGUGGCCACCAAUGCCCAGGGCAGCCACUGGAAGCAGAAGCGGAAAUUCCUGCCAGAAGACAUUGGACAAGCACCCAUCGUGAAUGCCCCAGAAGGUGGCAAGGUUGACCUGGAAGCCUUCAGUCAUUUUACAAAAAUCAUCACACCAGCAAUUACCAGAGUGGUGGAUUUUGCCAAAAAGUUGCCCAUGUUUUGUGAGCUGCCAUGUGAAGACCAGAUCAUCCUCCUCAAAGGCUGCUGCAUGGAGAUCAUGUCCCUUCGAGCUGCUGUGCGCUAUGACCCAGACAGCGAGACUCUAACUUUGAAUGGGGAAAUGGCAGUGACACGAGGCCAGCUGAAAAAUGGGGGCCUUGGGGUGGUUUCAGAUGCCAUCUUUGACCUGGGCAUGUCUCUGUCAUCUUUCAACCUGGAUGACACUGAAGUCGCCCUGCUUCAGGCCGUCCUGCUAAUGUCUUCAGAUCGCCCAGGGCUAGCCUGUGUUGAGAGAAUAGAGAAAUACCAAGACAGUUUCCUGUUGGCCUUUGAACACUAUAUCAAUUACCGGAAGCACCAUGUGACACACUUUUGGCCCAAACUCCUGAUGAAGGUGACAGACCUGCGGAUGAUUGGAGCUUGCCAUGCCAGCCGCUUCCUCCACAUGAAGGUGGAGUGCCCCACUGAGCUCUUCCCGCCUCUGUUCUUAGAAGUAUUUGAGGACUAAAUUUACUGGACAAGUUCUUGUCAUUCCUGCAGCACGACUGGGUGUCAUUGCAUUCCACCUGUAGCAUUCUGUUGUUGUUUCUUCGUUUCUCUGUGUCAAGUGAGAUCAUCGAUGGUCAGCAGAUCACCAAUGGCAUAGACUUGGAUGAAAUUGUUCUUUGAAUGUGGGUCUUUGUAACCAUUGCAUUUUGUUCUCCAGUCCUUGGUGUGAAUGCUUUGAAGGGCUUACAGCAGUGCAGUCUGAGUGGGGUACAAUCAUUAUUUCACCAGCACGAAGUCAUCACCAGCUCCCAUCUGUCCCUGGGCAGACUCAAGCAAGCCAAACAGCAUUUCAGAAGACUAAAGAAGCCUUAAAACCGAGACCACAGUCAUCUUGAUCCAACAUGAUCCAUUCUGAUGUGUGCAAGGUGAAGCUGUAGAGCCCAGGCCGCCUCAGGGUGAGCAUGGCUUUUAUCACGGAAGGGGAGAAGGAGCAGUUUCUACUCAGGAGCUCAUCAUUGCCAGCACUCGUGUUCUCCAAGCAGCCUGACUUGGAAUGUGCAGGAAUAUCCAUACCAUAACAAAUCAACUUUCCUUUCCAUGGCCUUUUGUAACCUUAUGAUUUACUUCAAGUUGCACAAGAGUAUGACUUGACUGGUUUGAGGCCACAAAGAAAGUCUUUUUUUUUUUUUUUUUUUUUCAGUAUGCCCAUAGAGCUUGUAAAUCUUCAUCAAUGUUAAAGCAUACUUUCCAAAAUGCGUGUGGUGUUACCUCAAGCAGGAAGGCACCUUUCCACCUUAGAUUCACAAGCCACAAAGCUCGAAUCUGUUUACAUAGUGCAGUCCCUUUUCAAUGGCCUAUGAAGCAGUCCUCUGCCCAGCUUAGCUCACAAAGGUCUUAUCCAGGCUGUGUCUGUUGAGCUGAUGAUGUUCCCCUGUAGACUGAAUCUUCCAAUCAGGGAGACACAUGGGGAAAUUCCAGGCUUGUUUGGAAAAAUCCCUGGAAAAGAUCAGUACAGGAACAAUCAGAUUCAAAGGAAAAAAACUACUCAUGGUAUAGGCUGUCAGAUUAGAGGGAAUGCUCUCCCUGGAUCAGCAAGCGCUUUACUUAUUCACAAAUAUCUCCCAGUCCCAUCCCAUCGCUGUCUCCCAAUCUCACCCUUGUGGCUACCCACCUCCCUAGAUUCUGAGGCACUAAAUAGCUUCUCUCUCUCUCUCUCUCUCUCUCUCUCUCUCUCUCUCUCUCUCUCUCUCUCUCUCUCCUAAAUCUUCUGUAGCUUACACACCAUUACCCUGGCAAAUACUCCUCAUAAAAUACAGCAGACCAUUCAUACCUGCUACCCAACUUAUCCCCAAUGACCAAGUAGAGUAGAUGUUUCUAAGCAACAAGUAGUGACAACUUACCCAAAAAUGGGCAAAGACUGUACACAUACAACUGAAUGUACUGACUCUUCACUGACUUCGCAGAUGUAAAAUAUUCUUUGCCUGCCUUUCACUGCCUUAGCCUGGAAAUGCUGGGAAAAAAAACAAGCCAUAUCAGCAAGAAUUACCUAAAAGCAAAGGAAGUCACUGUGAAAAGCAAGGAAACUCAAUUCUUUCCACUAGGCUUGGUGGGGCAUCUUUGGAUCUUUGGCCUCGCUGGAAGUCGGGCUGCCUGAGUUCUACUUUGUACUCUGCAGCCUGGGUAAUUUAGGACCUUACAAUUUCAGUUUUCUUACCUCCUGGGAAAUGAGUUGAACUCCAAAAAUCCUUCUUCUCUUCCCUAUUGUUUGACUUCCAGGAAAGAGAGGGGAUGUCUUUGAAAGAUCCUUUUGUAUUCAAAUUUGUAGCUUCAAAAAGGAAUGUAUUUGGGCAAUCAAUUUGAGUGAGAAUGAGAAUUUGAUUCAGAGGAAGGCAGAAUGGCCUUAGAGGCAUAAAACUUAGAGGCACAGCACUGAAAGUCCCAAGAGACUGGGAAUAACCAAGGAAGCAGGAAUGGUUUGUCACUAAAGGAUUUAGCCUGACUUCCCAGAUAAAACAUCGCUGAAGAGAUUAAAUAGAAGGAAGAAGCCCCAUUAGAUUCAUGUUCAAACAUGUCAGAGGUAGCCUGUACCUGGCCUCCUGCUUCAGGAACUUCAUUAAACAUGUGAUCCCUAUGUCAGCUCUUCUGGAAGACCUUCAUCCAAACAAUAAAAACUUUGCUGUAAGACCAAUUCUCCUUCCAAAGGGAGAGGGGGAGGCAGGGAGGCGAGUCCUGCACAGGCAUACAAACUUCUGGAACACCAGAAUUUCUAAGGAAGUUUCCUGAUUCUGACAGUUUUCAAAGGGAAUCAGAAACCCUGGCACUAGUGCAGGGUUUGACCCAGAAUCAUUCAGAGUGCUGUAAGGAUUAAGCAUUGGGCACUAGCCCAGUCUUCACAACCCAGCCAGCCACAGCAAAGUGACCCUCCCUCUACAGAGGCCCACCUUUCAGGGACAGACCCAGCUCUGGCAAUCAUGUUUAGGGUUGAAUACUCCACAAGCCAUGCGAGCUUCACUCUUCUGGUGGGAAGGAACCAGAAUGAUAGUAGGUCAGGACAGCCAAAGACACGCUUUUGAGAAAUUCAUUUUAUGAAACUAGAUUGUAAGGGAUUUCCUCUCAAAUUUUUUUCUUCUCUUUUAAAAAAUCAUUCUCUUCUAAUCUUGUCCAGACUUUCAAAUCAAGUGUGGACAUGGUGGCAGGAACCUUUACACCUGCUCCACUGUGGGGAGAUAUUCCAGUCAAGAAAACACACUCAUCCUGCUGGGAUGCUCACUGACAAAUGGAAUUUAUGGACAAGAAGGCUGUGCACAUGCAGCAAAAAUGUGCAUGUGUACACAUGUGCGUAUAUCUGUUCAUUGCCUCAAGUGUACUUCGCACUUCAGUUUAAAUGUGCAGAACUUCCAGAAACUGGAAGGAAAAAAAAAAAAAAAACUUCUUCAUGAUUCUGCUGAAAACACCACGUGCUGCCUCUGAGCUUUUUCUAGUCCCUUGAGCCUCAGUCCUCAGUGAUGCGCUUAUGUGAUGAAGCCUCAGCCCAGCGCAUCCCCUGCCUCUUUCCCAGUUCAAUCUUGGGGAGGGUCCUUCUCACAGUGACCUGCAGGCUGGCCCUGCCACCUUGGCCUCCUCACACUCAGUUCUCCCCAAGCCAGCAUCCCGACCUGCUGAGCCUCUUCAGAGCAUGUCAUUGUCAGUAAGACCUCUUCAUUCUGUGGAACUCAAGCCUAUCCAUGUCAUAUUGACCUUUUGCUGCAUGAGUCAUAAAUUAUCAAAUCAGUCUUACGGUUUUUGAGAUGUAGCCAGUGUUUUAUAAGGCUAAACCUUUCUCAUGAACUUAAUUUAAGUGAAUAACCAAACUACCGGUCCUUCUCCAAUGAGAGAUGACAGACAAUUGAAUCUCUGCCCUUUGCAGUGGCGAUGGCAUCAGGUCCUAAAAUAAGCUUAUAAUUUUCCUGUUAUUUUAAUAAUAUGGAAAUAUUAAAAUAAUGUUUCUUUUGAUAGUGAUAGACUGAUCCAUAUUUAAAUUUUAUAGAGAAGAAAUUUUAUUGUACUGUGAUAUAGAUAUUUAUUAUCCAGGUAAGGACUUGCCCGGUGUGUAUUUUUUACAAUUGAAACAUUUUACUUUAAUCUCUAAAAGAAAAAAGACUAUAAAACAUAUACAUAUUAAAAAAAGGCUAGGGAGAAAAAAGGUUUGGCUUUAUCAAAGAAUUUUUACUGUGUUGUAUACAUGUUUGCAAAUGAAAAAUUUACACAUUUUUAGUGUUUCCACAUUAAUUAGUGCCGCCUUCAAGAGCAAUAUUGUGCAGUAAACACUGUUUGUGGCUUUCUGUUGCCCAGCUCAAACUGACCCCAUCUUAUGCACAAGACAAUCAGAUGUUACGUCUUUCCUCUGAGGACAUAGACAAUACUCAACAGAGCACAAUGUGAAACAAAGAACAAGAUUGUAGGCAUGGGCUGUGCUGCUGAUGGAGAUGAUCAGGGUGCAUGCGCACUCACAUGGCCUUGUACCACUGCCUCCUUUUGGUUGUUCUUUGUGACGUUGGUAUCUUUCUCUUGACAUCAAAUAGCCAAAGUAGUUCUCCAUGUUUUCUUCAGAAAAGACCAUUCUUUUUCCCAUAAUGUGUUCAUGCCCUGAGAAUCAGAAAAAUGAAAACAAAAACAAAAAAAGAUACGGAUGGAAUAGAGAGGUUUAUAGUCAGUGGAAGAUUGGUAUUUUGCAAACAGUGUUAAGUGAUAUUGCUAUUGCUAGAUUGGUAAUUUUUUUUCAGCCUAAAAUCGUUGAAAUCUGUGAUCAAAUGUUUUAAACUAUCCAGAAAGAAAAUUUGUAUAUUUGGGAAAAUGGAUUUUUACAUAGCUUUUGUAUGCGGAUAUUAAAUUGUAAUUAUGAAUAUAGUGGACAUAGGUACUCAUAAGCUUAAAUUCUAAAAAAGAAAAAGCUUACAAUAGAUAUAUUUGCCUGUCUCUUUCUUUAAAUAUUUCUGGAUAUAAGGGGCUGCCUCCCACCUCAACACUGAGGCAGGGAAGGAAUUACAAAUACAAGGCACAUCUACUAAGAUGAACGAGUUCAACUUUGGGGAGCAUAUGGAAAGAAGGGAGAAACACAGACAGACAAACUGACUGACAAACAGACGUCAUCAAAACAUCCAACAGAAAUCUAAGGCAACUCCACUAAAGUAGGGUGUUGGGGUUCUCAAGAAAAGAGAACACAGAACUUGGAGCAGAGGGGAGUGUCCCUUAGGAUAAGAACAAUUAGCGUCAUAAAGAUUACAUCGUCAAAUCAGGGCUUGCCUACCAGAAAAACCAAUGGGGAAAGUUGAGGCAGUCAACUAGAGUUUUUGGGAGUUCUCUUCAAGGCUGAACUCCCAACAGGUGAGCUCCUGUCAGGGGAUAAGUAGCUAAGUCCUUUGAUCUUGAAAAGAUACCAUGAUUUAUCUCUCAGCUAUGCGUAAGGACACAGGAUUUACUUUAACAAUUCACUCUCCUGUUCUCUAGGACAUGAUAUUUUCAUUCGUAGGCUAUUUUGCAAUCAUUGUCACAGAGUUGGGGGUAGGAGGUGGAAAGGGAGGGUGGGCAGACCAACCCCAGACAAGAAACCUUGGAGGACACUUUGAUUUAAGCAUGCUUGGGCCUGAAAGGAGGGGUUACCCCGCAGAAGAGAGAGCCAAUCAAAGGUCAUUUUCCCUGAAUAUUUGUAUCACACUUCAUAGGAAUCAAUGGAAAUCUUCUCCCAUGUGAAACUUCACUUAAUCCAAGGACUUUGGGUGAUGAAGAGCACAAUAAAAUGAAGGAUGUUUUCUUCUCUCAGGCUGCUAACAACCAUUUCCUUUGCAUUUUCUUGCAUACAAUGAGUUGCCCUGAGGAAGGCAGAUGUGUGUAGAAAAGGAAAAAACUUCAAAACAGACUUAGGAUAAAGUAGUCUGUUCUAGUGCUCUUGGAUGGAGUGAGAUAAGAACCACUCUCAGUCUGACUCCAAGUGAUACAGAUGCUGAGUGCCUUCCUCACACCAGAUGCACGCAAUCCUGUGUGUUCUAGGGGCUUGUGACUCAGUGGCUAUUCUGAGCUCAGAAGAGAUGGCGGGUUUGUUUUUGACAGGACUUUUGUAAUAAUGACACAUCCAACAUGGAUGCCUGCAUCCCCUGAGAGACAUUUACUGGUAAGUGAGCUACUAAUCAGACUUUCCAGGAAGUUCGGAUCUCCCUGCAUGUUAACAUCACUCACUAGUCACUGGGUACUUGAGAGUCCCAAUGGCUCCCAGCCCCAGAUCUUCAGUGUGAUGUUAGGUUAUGUGAUUCUGGCCAGCCUUGUAUGAACAUUACUCUGUCCUAGGAAUCUUGCUUCACCCUUCAUUCUACCUCAAUUUCUCCAAAGCACAUGAGAGAACAUGAGGUUUCUGAUGACAGGAUAAUGCAAUCCACUGUGGUGAUGCUCACUGCUUACCAUCCAAAACUGUUCACCCACCCCACUGCAAAAAACCCACAUCCACCAAAAGAAAGGCUACCUCAACCCUCAAUAGACUAGAUCCACUGCAAAUGUACUCACGAGGCUUAAUAUGAGUGGUGAUUUCUCCUGGUGGCAUUUAUGUAUUGUCCCAAUGGCUUCUAGAGGGCUAACCCAAAGGUAUUUUUGUCCUUUUGCUUGAGACAGUCUCACUGUAUAGCACAAGCUGGCUAACCUUGAAUUCACAGAAAACUGACAUCCUCUCCCCCCAACUGCUGGUAUUAAAGGCAUAUACCACCACACACUAAGGUAUUUUGUCUUGUAAGCUCUUGGGAGUCAAAUUUAGGAAAAGCUAUGUUGUAUGAUAGAAUGAGAAUUUAUAGCAGUGGGAGUUGGGCAUCCUGAAAGGGGGAGCUGAGAAAAUACGAAGAUGGAAGUAUUUGCCUUCUAAGAGGAAACAACAUGCUAUACCACUCUCAACUUUAUCAACUUUAAAUAAUAAAAUUAUUGGCAAAUGAA